AUGGUGAAAAGUUUGGCAUGCAGGGACCAUGACGAAUGUCCUGUGAGAUUGAGGGUCCUGUUUGAGCCUGGUGUCGGCGAGUCGGAUCCUCCUGAGAUCGUCGUUUUCCGCAACGAUAAAAUUCAUGCUGACAUUGUUCGUGGUUCGAACACGGGCAAUUUCAAAACCAUCAAACUCUCCGCUGAUGUUCGAGCUAAGGUCAAGCUGGCUAUUCGGGCUAACCGUACUACUUCCCCAGCUGAUCUAUAUGCAAAGUUUGUGGCGAACUCUCCGGUCGACUGUCCUAUUGGUGAGGAUGCAGCUGCCAGGGAACACCGCAAGCGGUUGAAGCGGCAUGUGGCUCACAUCAAACAAGCGGAAAUCCGUCAGAUAAAAGAAGAAGGCUUCGAAACUGUUGAAGGGUUUUCUAAGACCUGGCAAAAGUUUGAAGCCGGGGAUGGUACAUGCAGGCAGCUGCUGCCUGGCAGCAUGAUUGUGUCUGAUCAUUACUGCGUAAGUGUCUGCCCGACUGCCGGUAUCGAAAGCCUAUAUCAUUAUGCAAGGACGGCAGCAUCCUGCGAAGCUGCUAUCGUCAUCUAUGCCGAUGGGCAACCCUCCCUCAUCCGCGGAAACGACUCAACAACCUACACAAUCGGGGUCUGCAAGUCUUUUUCUGCUAGUCUCUGUCCGAUCCUCUUCUGUUUACUCGACUCCGAAAAUAAGGUGGCGCUGAAGAGUGCUUUUGACUGCUUCAACCGCUUGUUGCACAGAGUGGCUGACGAUGUCAAUGUUAAAGUUGGUGGAGCAGUCGUUGAUGCAGAUAUAGCUGCAGUACAAGCUCUUCACGAUAUCUACGGUGCUAUCCAUGUUCAUCGCUGUCGGUGGCACCGUGAGCAAUCUAUAGCAAAAGCAGACAAGCUCACCGCUGUGGAUCGCGCUCAAGCCAAAUCUAUCGGUGCCAUGUUGGAGCGCUCUGGUGGUUCACUUGUGUAUAGAGGUGUAUUAAAGACUGCUCUGGCUGACACUCGGGCUUUCUUCCCAAGACUCAGAAAGUACUUGGAGGUAUCUUCGGAAGAGCGGUUCGGUAUCCCUUAUCGGGUUCCUGUGUGGCAUGACGAAGCAAUGAGACCCUUCCUGCUCACGAUGGCGUUGGACAACAAUGUCAACGAAAGUUUCAAUGCGGUGGUCAAGAGAAAGCUUGGCCGACGUCUUGCAAGCGGACAUGAAGUAUAUUCGCACUUCUUGGAAGUAUGCACCAUCCUCGAUGCUCUGUUGAGUAAAGGCACGUUCGGUAAAUCCGAUAACAUCAGAUUACCUCUACUUGACUAUAGUACUGCUCGCGCUGCGACACGUCUGCCCACUGCCGUGGUCAGAGUAUCUCAUCAAUUGUAUUUGGUAUCUUCUGCUACCCGUAGCCAGCAACAGCUCAGUAUGAGCGAUGUUGAUGCUUUCUAUCGACGGAAUCACGUUCUGCUGCGUGAUUGGGAUAAAUCGGUGAUGUCAAUCUAUGCCGUGAAAUGGAUUCUCGGCCAGUGA